UCUCAAUCUCUCUCCCUCCCAUCGUCCCCUCCCCCUCUCUUUCUUUCUCUCUCUCACUCUCAUUCUCUCUCCCUGAAACUUUGAUGGAUCAGGUUAUUUUGUUCGCUAGUUCUAAUGGAACUCUUUCACUCUUUCUGCAUCCAGUGUUAUUUCAACACCUUCCUUUGAUUGCAACCGCUUGAACAGCGUCACAAAACACAGGAGGUCCUAAUGCUAAUUUAAGCCAAAGGCAUCUCCUUAUUUCUUUCUCUCCCAGGACCGGACAGUUCAAGGCCCACAGCCCAGUCGUUCACCCUAGGAAUCCUUGAGGUAUUUGGGCCAGGAAUCAGAGAUUCUACCCUUAGGAGAGCGGGGUGGUGGUAGAGAUCAGUGGAGAUGGAGAAAGGUUAUCCCGGGGAUGGUCCUUCCGCCCCUUACCCAGGACCUCCCAUGAACUAUGGGGGGAUAGCCACGGGCCAGGGCCCCCAGCCAGGCUUGUACACUCAGCCUCCAGGAGGAUACCCUGCCUCCCCUGGUCCUCCACAACCAGGGUUCCAGCCUGGUCCCUACCAGGGAGGUCCCCAAGCAGGUGUGUACCCACCUCCACCACAGUACACCUCUGGACCAAGUGGACCUGUGCCAGUCGUGACCCAUGUAAUAAUGACUCCUAGCCUGAUGGAGGUUGGAGGUUCGACCAUGUGUCCCCACUGCCAGCAGACCGUGGUCACCAAGACAGAAACCAACCCUGGCCUGCUCACCUGGCUCAUCUGUGGUGGCCUCUUCAUCGUUGGGUGCUGGCCAUGCUGCGCCAUCCCGUUCUGUGUAGAAUCAUGUAAAGACGUGGAGCACAGCUGUCCCACCUGCAACAAAAUCAUCUACGUCUACAAACGCAUUUGAUAUUAACUUGACCUGACGUCACUGUACUACCUUUAUCUGAAGGACUUGGACAUGGCACUUGAAUCAAAUCAACAUUUCUGUAAAUGUAUGAGGGUCGUAUUCAUUAGUGCAUGUGAUGUUCGAAAAUGUUUUACAACGAAGAAACAAAAACAAAUAUUUCUCAUUGUCCAGGUAGUCCCUCCCUUUUUCAGUCCAUUUUCUUCCAUUUGGUGCCUAAUGAAUACGACCCAGGUGUAGCCAAAAGGGUUAUAUCUAUCCUGUAUAGUCCCUGAGUAGGUGGUGAGAUUCCCUCAGCUCCACAAUAUACUGUAUAAUAUAUGCCAUUUAGCAGACGCUUUUAUCCAGUUUUGUGUGGGUUACCCUAGUAGGAAUUCAAACCCACAAGCGCCAUGCUCUAUCAACUGAGCCACACAGGUCCCUGGCCAGACUUGACAUUUGUAGUGACUUCCAAAGAGAAUCCUGAUACCAAAGACUGAUAAUAGCUGCACUAUAGCUGUUUCACUGUAGUUCUGUACUCGUCUGAAGUCCAUGACAGUGAAGGAACUUCUAAACCACUCUACUUCUUAUUGUAAUAUUGUUAUAUUGAGAUGUAUCUAUCACCAUUAUACUUCUUAUUGUAGUAUUGUUAUAUUGUGAUGUUUUUCUUAUUACACUCUUGUAGAUGUUCCCUCACUGAUCCCGUUCUCUUUCUCCUCUGAACGUUCUACUACUCAUUUGUCAUAAAGGAAUGUUGUCAAUAAUUACAAUGGAUCUUAUGGUUGUCUUUUCACUUCCUGCCUAGUUGCUCGGUAAAGCUCUGAUUAAAGUUGUCUGAAUUGAA